AUGAGACAGAAGAUGGCCAUCAACCAGCUCCUAGAGACUGCCUUCCCCGGAGCAAAUGCGGAAAAUGGAUCCAGUAAUCCGGUUGGCAUCUCUCCUACCACGCUCCUAGAGACUUUCGUCCCAGGCUAUGGUCCCAUUCACAAGUUUCUGCUCUUCACUUUCGGCUUCGAUGUUACUGUGCUGGUUACAUUCGGUGUUGUCUGCUGGUUGAGUGCCAGGAUCUUUCGCUCGGCUUGGGGGGUUCUUUAUGCCCUGGUGAGCAGCAAUUACAUGGCAGAGAUCACUGUGAGCAGCACGGACGAGAUCCAUGGCCAUCUGAUUGCAUUUCUGGCCCAUCAGUACAAGAUCAACUCCAGUCGACGUCUGAUGGCUGAGACUCCCUCCAAAUCCGCAUGGGAACUUGACAGUGAAGAUACAGAAACGCCAGAGACUACCGUGGACGCAGAAGGCAACAUCAAAUGGCUGAACUUCUCCAACCAGGAAGCCAAGUCCCAGCCUCGCUUUACUCCUGCCAUCGGCUCCCACAACUUCUGGCAUAAAGGAACAUAUUUCCAACUCCGAAGAAAAGAGGUUGCCAUGUUCGAUGAACUUGGCGGUGGAGCUGCAGCCUUCAAAGAUAAGGAACUGCUGACCCUUUCUUGUUUUGGAAGGUCCACAGAACCUAUCAAGAAAUUAAUUCAGCAUGCUAAAGCACACUAUCACCUGGGUCACAACGCCAAAACGGUAAUUAAGCGUCCUGCGCCAAAAGAUAUGCGGAGGUUUGGUGGACGGGGUAGCUGGGUGAAGAUCGCGGAACGCCCGUGCCGACCCAUGAAAACGGUUGUAUUGGAUGAGGAGAGGAAGCUGGAUGUUUUGUCCGAUAUCAACGAAUACCUCAACCCAGCAACUGCGAGAUGGUAUGCGAAUCGUGGUAUCCCAUAUCGCAGAGGUUACCUGUUUUAUGGUCCGCCUGGUACUGGAAAGACAAGUUUGACCUUCGCAUUGGCUGGAGUUUUCGGUCUGGAUAUCCACGUCGUCAGCUUAUUGGAGCCUACUUUGACAGAAGAAGAGCUGGGAAUGCUGUUUACGAAUCUUCCGGCCAGAUGCAUUGUGCUGUUGGAAGAUAUCGAUACAGCUGGUUUGAUUCGAGAACCCAGUGAUUCGGAUGAGAAGAGCGGUCAACCAAACGAGGGGGAGCAAGGAAGCACCGAUUUCAAUGUUGCAAACCUCACCAAGGCUCUGAAGAAGGCGAAUCAGUUGUCGGAGGAAGAGAAGAAGAAGGGGAUUUCUUUGUCUGGUCUGCUCAAUAUCAUUGAUGGGGUCGCAUCCCACGAAGGCCGAGUCCUAGUAAUGACAACUAAUCACCCUGAAAAGCUUGACGAUGCACUCAUCCGCCCUGGACGAGUUGAUCACCAAGUCGCCUUCUCAAAUGCAACCCAAACCCAAAUCAGAGAACUCUUCGAAAGAAUGUACAGCAACGAUCUUCCCCGCACUACGAAACUCAUCACGUCCUCCGGAUCUAAAGAAAAGCUUGUCGACGAAAAGAAAGUCCAAGCCAAUGGUGCCGCUAUCGUCAAUGGAACCGGACACACUCUCACUCCUCCUGCUACCCCUGUAACUGCAACCUCAGACGCCAACGGAGAGGCGAAAUCAACGGUGACCUUCAAUCACUAUGCGAAGAUUGUCGAGAAGGCGCCAAGUGGCACUCAGGAUAUCUCGGAAUCUGAACUCCAUCGUAUCGCACAAUUAUUCGCGGAUCAGAUUCCCAGUGAUAUGUUCUCACCAGCAGAGAUCCAAGGCUUCUUACUUAAGAGGAAGAAGGAUCCUAGACGUGCCCUCGAGGAAGUUAGCGUCUGGGUCGAGGGAAUGGUUGAAGUGAAGAGGAAAGGAGGGAAAUUGGUUAAUGUGCAAUGA